AGGGAAACUUCAACUCGGUAGAAAAAUGGCAGACUUGGACAGGUGGGUCGAACUGGUGAAGGAUUGUAAAUAUCUUCCUGAAAAUGAUUUGAAGCAACUCUGUGAUAUUGUUUGCGAUAUAUUGUUAGAAGAGUCGAAUAUUCAACCAGUUAGUACACCGGUUACGGUAUGCGGCGAUAUACAUGGACAGUUCUAUGAUUUGGAGGAGCUUUUCCGGUGCGGCGGGCAAGUACCUGAGACUAAAUAUGUUUUCAUGGGAGAUUUCGUGGAUCGAGGCUACUACAGUUUGGAAACAUUAACAAGGCUGUUGACACUUAAGGCUCGUUACCCCGAUCGCAUUACACUCCUUCGGGGCAAUCAUGAAUCGAGGCAAAUUACGAAAGUCUACGGUUUCUAUGACGAGUGUUUCAGCAAAUACGGAAAUGCGAAUGCUUGGAAGUACUGUUGCCGAGUUUUCGAUCUCCUAACCAUAGCAGCAUUAAUCGAUGAAGAUGUUCUUUGUGUUCACGGUGGACUUAGCCCUGAAAUCAAAACACUCGACCAAAUUCGGACAAUAGACCGGAAUGGCGAGAUUCCGUACAAGGGGGCGUUUUGCGAUCUAGUCUGGUCCGAUCCGGAAGAUAUGGAAUCUUGGGCUGAAAGUCCCCGAGGUGCUGGUUGGUUGUUCGGUUCGCUAGUCACUGCGGAUUUCAUGACAAUUAACAAUCUCAAUUUGAUAUGUCGCGCUCACCAACUCGUUAAUGAAGGCAUCAAAUAUAUGUUCAACGAUAAACUAGUGACUGUGUGGUCAGCGCCGAACUACUGCUACCGGUGCGGCAAUGUGGCUUCAAUAUUGAGCUUUGACUCAACAUCGACUAAGGGAAACGUAAAAAUAUUCAAUGCUGUGCCUGAUUUCGAGAGAGUCAUACCUGCGCAGAAUACGACGCCGUACUUCUUAUAAUAUCUCUACUUAUUUUGUAUUCGUGCCUCCUAUUAAACGUGUUAACUUCAAAGCGAACACGGUACCACCCAUCUACCUGCUUCACUACUUUAUAUACAUGUAAACAUACAAACCAAUCUCCUCACUCUUGCAACACACUCCUUGGAUAUACGUUGGAUAAGAGGCGACUGCCAAAUUUUGCUGUGCUUUCGUAAAAAAACAAGAUAUUCAUCGACAGUGUCCAAUCAGUUCGCAACAAACGUGAUCUAACUGCGAAUCAAUAGAACAUAGAUAUAGACAGGGAUAAUGGCUACAAUAAUUUUAAUUAUUAGUUGUCAAUAUUUAUUUUUUUUGUAUCGUGCAUUACGUCCUUUCUUAGAGAAAAGUGAAAAGGAUUAAAUGAGUGAAUGAGAACAACUUGUAAAGAAACGUACUGUUAUGUUGCGCCUUGGAUUACUUUAGCUCACGUUAUUUUCUACAGUAAGCAAGAAAAUAAGACAAUGACACCUACUUUCUACAAAUGUAUAAAAUAAGAAUUGUCUUUUCUGGAAUGUACAUGCCCUCAUUUCGAUUAUUUUAACUUUUUUAUAGGAAAUACAUGAUUAUAGUGAUAAUGACGGCUUUAUGAUACUUUAUUCAGUCAGUUGGAUAUAUUGAGAGUAAACUAUUUGGAGAAAUU